AAAGUAUAAUCAGGCAAGAAUUGAGAGACCCCUCUUAUCUCAAUAAAUACAUGAAGCAACGGAUACAGGCUCGACAUAUGAUUCAUCAAAUUUUCAUGCAAGGAAUUAAGCUUACAUCCUACAUCAAGAAAGAGGUGUUGAAGGUUAAGAAUGCACACUACAAUGAAUCCAAUACCCCACAAGGGAACAAUACUUCUGCUUCUCUUACAGUUGGUGAUUCGUUGCAGCAUACUACAAUAGAAAUGGUGGGCUGUGAUGAUGAGUUCAACAUGAUAAUAGAUAAGCUGAACCAGCAAUCCAAGCAACGAGAAAUUGUGUCAAUUGUGGGAAUGGGUGGAAUCGGUAAAACCACCUUAGCUAAAAGAAUUUAUGGAGAUGCUUCAUUCAUUUUUCGCUUUGAUUGUCGAGCUUGGGUUACUAUCUCACAAGUGUAUAAUCCAACAAAAGUGUUCAAAACUCUUCUUCAUUCUCUUGCCCCAAGGGUCCUUGAAGAAAACAAUGAAGCUAGCAACAACGAAUUGGUUGAGAUAGUUUACAAAUGUCUAAAACGUCAAAGGUAUUUGAUCAUAAUUGAUGACAUAUGGAGUACAGAUGUUUGGUGUGAUUUGCAGAAAUGUUUCCCAGAUGAUAACAAUCAAAGUCGAAUCUUGUUGACCACUCGACUAAAAAAUGUGGCUGAUUAUGCUGGUUCAGAUGGUAAUCUUUGUCACACCAUGCGUUUUUUGGAUUCAUAUGAAAGUUGGAACCUUUUUCAGAACCAGGUGUUGCCCCAGAGAAUAACUUUGUCCCCUGAAUUUGAAAGAAUUGGUAGAGAGAUAGUAAACAAGUGCAAAGGAUUACCUCUUGCAAUUAAUGUGGUUGCUGGACUCCUCUCAAACCCCAAACAAGACUUAAAUGAAUGGAAGCAAAUUGCAAAAAAUGUUCAUACGUUAAGUAUAGAUCAUUCUAAUGAACAGGGUGAAAACAUCAUUGACUUGAGUUACACCUUCUUACCUCAUCAUCUUAAACAAUGUUUCUUGUCACUUGGGCUUUUUCCAGAAGACACUGAACUUAAUGAAAACUUUAUUGUUGAUUUUGGGUUUGGGAGGGAUUUCUAAAGGUUUUGAGGUCUAAGAGCUUGGAAGAUGUGGCAAGGGAAUCCUUACAAGAUCUUGCAGAUAGGAAUCUUCUUUUAGUUUCUACAAAGAUGAAUGAUGAUGGAUUCUUGAAAGUAUAUCAAAUGCAUGAUUUGUUGCGUGAGUUGGCCUUGAGAGAAGCCCAGAAGGAGAAUUUAUUAUGUUCCAAAAAUGAUAGCUCUUUGUUUAGUGUGGGGUUUAGGAGAAGUCAACUAAUAAACUCUUCUUCUCGCAUAUGGAGUAUCCAAUCAAAAAUUUGCAGUUACAACUCUUUAUCUCCUAGCUGCAACACCUUUUUAGCUUUCAAUUCAAUCAGGUACUGCUACACUAAGCAGCUUCAUUUGCAUUCUAAGUUUUUAAGGGGAUUGAAGCUAACAGAG